AUGGAGGACAGCCUUCAGUACUUCAAUGAAAUGCUCGCCCAUGUGGAGAGCAACCACGUGAGUUACUUACUAGUAUUGGAAAGACAAUUGUCUGUUCAGACAUUCAAGAAGAUGGUCACCGGCGUGGCAAUACAGACAGCCUACACGGCUACUGGAGCCGUGAUCGGUGGCGUUGUUUUGGGACCACCGGGUGCGUUGGUUGGCUCGAUCGGCGGGGCAGUCGUGGGGUACUGUCGAGUGGAGAAGUACCCAAACCUUUACAAGGUUCUCAAAGAGUUAAACGACGACCAGAAAAAAGCUCUAGUUCAGUCUGUAAGUCAGAUAAUUUACAACUUAAUUUGCGAAAGUCUGUUUUGCAGGUCAUCGCUGUGGUUGGUGGUCUUUCCAUCAACGAGUUCCGCAAAUGGUUCUCGAAUUCCAAUAACCAUGCGGUUCUUCAAUCACUCUUCGUGGCCGCUAUUGCUCUUGCUAAACAGCCGAUUUCCAAUUAA